CAACCUCGAGCCCCUCAGACACUGGACACGUCGACACAUCGAAACCUUGCGCCUUGCGACGCAUUCCACCCUGCGUUCGCCGGCAGAACCCUGCCUUCUUUACUCCAGGGCUUUGUCGCACCCACCUGCAUCGCUCCACCGCUACAUAUGUGCCCGCAUUCUGCGCGCCAUGGGACCAACUGGUGUCUGGCGAUAAGUGACGACUCUUGAAAACGAUACCACCAGCCAGCCGCCAGAAGGCAAGCACGAGGCCGAGGCCGCACGCACUUCGUCUGGGCAUCAUGGCUUCCGCCACCAACAACAGCACCCCUCAACUCAGCUCAAAAUCGCCGACAAUCCGGCGCAUUCUCCGCGAAGCCGCUGAAUUGUCCAACUCGCCAUCGCCAGACUACACCGCCGAGCCCCUCGAGUCUGACCUCUUCGAAUGGCACUUCACCCUACGAGGACCGCCCAACUCGGCCUACAGCGAGGGCGUGUACCACGGCCGCAUAGUCCUGCCGCCGACCUACCCCCUGCGGCCACCUAGUUUCCGCUUCACGACACCGAACGGCCGUUUCGAGGCCAACCGCGAAAUAUGCUUGAGCAUCAGCGGCCACCACGAGGAGACCUGGCAGCCUGCGUGGGGAAUUCGGACCGCCAUAGUCGCUCUCAGGAGCUUCAUGGAAACCGACGCCCGCGGACAGCUCGGCGGCCUUGACACGACUGACGCUGUGCGCCGCCGGCUCGCCCACGAGUCCGGCUCCUACGCGUGUUCAACAUGUGGUCGCACCAACGCCGACCUCAUCGCCGAGUCUGAAAAGAGAGCGCACGAGCAUGCGUCGUCAGCUUCCGAGGAGGUACAGGUGCCUCAAGAACUCAGCAUGGGCUGGAAGGACGAGAUGCAGGCGAGGAAAGACGCCGACUCGAAAGCAACCCAGGGCCCUGGCAGCAGCGCGACGCCCGAGACGCGCAGGGAUGACGAAUCCGAGGGAGCAGAACUGGCCGAAGGCUUCGUCACCACGGCACCGCCCACACAACGCACAGACGAGAAUAGGCAGACAGUGUCGCCGGCGGGCCCACCAACGCAAGCAACCCAGGUGCAGCGGGCGCCCUCUGUUACUGGGCAGGCCAACAACCUGCAUCGUCGCCCUCAGCUCCAGCAAAUUCUCGGUGCUCCUAAUGACGGCGUCCCUCUUUGGAUUGACCGGGCCAUUGUUGCCUUGGUUAUACUACUGGGCGCAGUACUUUUCAAGGUCUUGUUCGGCUUCUGAACUGUUUUAUAAAGACGCAGUCGUGGCAUUUACGAAGCAUGUGGAGUUGUUGGAGUUUGGGGUAGCCGGGUGUUAUGUACCUUGAUUUGAUUUCACACGAUGGUCUAUAGCCUGUAAUGGCAUGUUGGGACACUUCACGACGAAUGCAUUGAAAGUGAAUGGUGGCGAACGAUGAGAUGGAUCGUCGUUGUUGCUCCUGGGGUUGUCAGCUAAAAGAUUGACCUGGGCCGGUUGGCUCGGCGCCUAUCAGGGGUAUCUGGGUACGAAGCAGGAAAGAUGCAAACAAUUGUGCCAACCAACGUCCUCCAUGUAAAUGCCCAGCUCCAUCUUACCAGCCAUCUCCAGCCAGGCGCCCUAUCAGCACCUAUUGCUACGAGGCAUGCCCAUUGCGCAGCCAUGGGACCACCAGCCACCACCAUUCUCCAACGGUCACCGCCAUACCG